AUGAUGGUUAAGAAUGCGUACUUUAUUUUAGUGAGUAUAUGCAUUGCAUCCUCUGUUACUGCUCAGUUGCCGCAGUUUCCAUUUCCAUUUCCAUUUCGACCAAGUCCUGGUGCACCAGGAUUUCCAUUUCCGCUUCCAUUUCAACCAAGUCCUGGUACACCAGGAUUUCCAUUUCCGCUUCCGUUUCAACCAAGUCCCGGUGGUAUGCCAGGAAUUCCUGAUAUGAGGAAAUGUUGGUCAACAUUUAUGGAUAUGCCCGGAUGUCUUGCAGAGAUCAGACAAUCUAUUACCACCGGAAAUUUUGGUAGUAUAGGUCCCGCUUGUUGUAAAGCUUUUUUAGAUGCUGAAGCCAACUGCACACACCAUCUUCCAUUCAACCCGUUUUUUCCUCCUAUGGUAAAAGAAAAAUGCUCCCGAGCUGCUGGUCCUCCAAUGACAUUGUAA